AUGGCCGGGCGCGGGUGGGGUGUGCUGUGGGUGUGCGUGGCGGCUGCCACCCUGCUGCACGCGGGAGGGCUGGCCCACGGCGACUGCUGGCUGAUCGAGGGUGACAAGGGGUUCGUGUGGCUGGCCAUCUGCAGCCAGAAUCAGCCUCCCUACGAGGCCAUCCCGCAGCAGAUCAACAACACCAUCGUGGAUCUGCGGCUCAACGAGAACCGCAUCCGCAGCGUGCAGUACGCCUCGCUGAGCCGCUUCGGCAACCUCACGUACCUCAACCUCACCAAGAACGAGAUCGGCUACAUCGAGGACGGCGCCUUCUCGGCCCAGUUCAACCUGCAGGUGCUGCAGCUGGGCUACAACCGGCUGCGCAACCUCACGGAGGGCAUGCUGCGGGGCCUGAGCAAGCUGGAGUACCUGUACCUGCAGGCCAACCUCAUCGAGGUGGUCAUGGCCAGCGCCUUCUGGGAGUGUCCCAACAUCGUCAACAUCGACCUGUCCAUGAACCGCAUCCAGCAGCUGAGCAGCGGCACCUUCGCGGGCCUGGCCAAGCUGUCCGUGUGCGAGCUGUACAGCAACCCCUUCUACUGCUCCUGCGAGCUGCUGGGCUUCCUGCGCUGGCUGGCCGCCUUCACCAACGCCACGCAGACCUACGACCGCAUGCAGUGCGAGUCGCCGCCCGUCUACUCCGGCUACUACCUGCUGGGCCAGGGCCGCCAGGGCCAGCGCAGCAUCCUCAGCAAGCUGCAGUCCGUCUGCACGGAGGACUCCUACGGGGCCGCAGUCGAGGUGAUCGGGCCCCGCCUGGUGCCAGGUCGCCCACAGCUGGGGCGCUCACCGCCACCACCGCCACCUCCCGAGCCCAGCGACGCGCCCUGUGCCUACGACGAAUGCUUCUCCGGCGACGGCACCACCCCGAUGGUGGCCACGCUGGCCACCCAGGCCGAGGCCCGUCCCCUCAUUAAGGUCAAGCAGCUGACCCAGAACUCGGCCACCAUCACUGUCCAGCUGCCCAGCCCCUUCAACCGCAUGUACACGCUGGAGCAGUACAACAACAGCAAGCCCUCCACCGUGUCCAAGCUGACCCAGGCCCAGGAGGAGAUCCGCCUGACCAACCUGUACACGCUCACUAACUACACCUACUGCGUGGUGUCCACCAGCUCCGGGACCCAGCACAACCACACAUGCCUCACCAUCUGCCUGCCCAAGCCGCCCAGCCCACCCGGGCCGGUGCCCAGCCCCUCCACGGCCACCCACUACAUCAUGACCAUCCUGGGCUGCCUCUUCGGCAUGGUGCUGGUGCUGGGUGCCGUGUACUACUGCCUGCGCAGGCGGAGGCGCCAGGAGGAAAAGCACAAGAAGGCGGCGGCGGCGGCGGCGGCUGGCAGCCUGAAGAAGACCAUCAUCGAGCUCAAGUACGGGCCAGAGAUGGAGGCGCCUGGCCUGGCUCCGCUGUCCCAAGGCCCACUGCUGGGCCCUGAGGCUGUGACCCGCAUCCCGUACCUGCCCGCGGCCACUGGCGAGGUGGAGCAGUACAAGCUGGUGGAGAGCGCAGAGACGCCCAAGGCCAGCAAGGGCAACUACAUCGAGGUGCGCACGGGGGAGGCUCCGGAGCGCAGGGACUGCGAGCUGGGCCGGCAGGGCCCGGACAGCCAGAGCUCCGUGGCUGAGAUCUCCACCAUCGCCAAGGAGGUGGACAAAGUCAACCAGAUCAUCAACAACUGCAUCGAUGCGCUCAAGUCCGAGUCCACCGCCUUCCAGGGUGUCAAGUCCGGGGCUGUGUCCACAGCCGAGCCGCAGCUGGUGCUGCUGUCCGAGCCGCUGGCCGGCAAGCACAGCUUCCUGUCGCCCAUGUACAAGGACGCCUUCAGCCACGGCCUGCAGCGGCACCACAGCGUGGAGACGGCGCCGGGGCCCCCGCGGGCCAGCACCUCCUCCAGUGGCGGCUCCACGCGCAGCCCGCGGGCCUUCCGCGCCGAGGCCUCAGGUGUGCACAAGGCGGCCGAGGCCAAGUACAUCGAGAAGAGCUCACCAGCAGCCGACACCAUCCUCACUGUGACGCCCGCGGCCGCCGUGCUGCGGGCAGAGGCCGAGAAGGGCCGCCAGUACGGCGAGCACCGGCACUCGUACCCCGGCUCGCACCCGGCCGAGCCCCCGGCACCGCCCCCGCCCCCGCCCGCCCACGAGGGCCUGGGUGGACGCAAGGCGUCCAUCCUGGAGCCCCUGACCCGGCCGCGGCCCCGCGACCUGGCCUACUCGCAGCUGUCCCCACAGUACCACAACCUGAGCUACUCCUCCAGCCCCGAGUACACCUGCAGGGCCACCCAGAGCAUCUGGGAGCGCUUCAGACUGAGCCGUCGGCGGCACAAGGACGAGGAGGAGUUCAUGGCCGCCGGCCACGCCCUGCGCAAGAAGGUCCAGUUCGCCAAAGACGAGGAUCUGCAUGACAUCCUGGACUACUGGAAGGGCGUGUCCGCCCAGCACAAGUCCUGA